AUGGUCGAGCUUAAGUUACAGCAAUUCAAGUGUGAAGCCAAGAAGAGAAAGGGGCAUGGCUUCUCCACUAAAUGUGCUUCCCUAGUUAAAGAGCAACGUGCGCGUAUCUACAUAUUGCGCCGUUGUGCCACCAUGCUCCUCUGCUGGUAUAUUCAUGGUGAUGACUAGCUAAUAAUCACUAUCUUUUCACUUAAUUAUUUCACUUUUGUUUUGUUUCACUCGUUCAUCAUUUCUCCUCCUCCGGACUUGCAUAGGCCUUCUCCAUAAUGUCUAUCCGGUGUAGUAGUAGUUGUAUCUACUAUAUAUUUUCUUCUCUUGUGCAAUUCCCUUUUUUUGAGCCGACUGAGGCGAUGGAAUCAGUCAGGUUUCUGGGGCCACAGGCGUAAUCCAUGGCCGCACUCGAGCUUUUUCACCAACCGUUUAUAAAAAUUGAUGGAGAAGAUGACAUUAAUUCAUAAGGAGCGGGACGUAUAUGUCUUAAUCAUAUCAAAUAUCGUUUGUUUGUGGCUGUUGCUAGCUGUUGAUGUUGCAGUUCAUUGUUUGUAUUCAUGAUGUACAUCC